UUAUUCAACGGUGAAAUGGUAUAUAGACUGUCGAAUGCGGGAACGGUUCACGCAGUUGCAUUUCGAUUAUUGCACUUCGUGGAAACUUACGUGAGUGCUUUCCCUCGGCGGAAGUUGGGAUUGUCGAGGAAAUCGAUUUUGGAAACGAUGUCGUCGGUUUUGAUGUUGAUCUUACUGAUUGUUGGAUCAUACGCUCAGUCCCCAGAUCAAUCGUCCGAUAAAAUUAACGAUGUGAAAUUGACAGAUAUCGUGGAUGAAGAUUCUAUUAUCACGUCGACAUUGAAGAACGUUCAAACCCCUGAAGCAACCACCACGUCGAAGCCAAAUCUCUUCUCCUGGUUUUUCACGCCAUUCGUGCAGAAUCUUCAGAUCGACCCCCAAACUCUCCAGAAUCGUGUCAUCCAGCUCAAAGAGGCGUUGAACAACCUUGGCUUUCGGAAUGAAAAGGAGGGGAAGCAAUUAAGCAACGCGAAUAAUUUAUUGAAUCUCGCUGGUUUGACUGAUUCCGGGUUUUACACCAAUAGAGUGGAACCAGCCGGUUUUUUCGGUGGAAACGGAUGGUUGGCGAACAAAGGUGGACUCUUGGGCGGCCCAGGUGCCAUUCUUUCAACUGGCAGCAUUUUGACGGAUUAUCCCACGGCAUACAGGCGGAAGUAAAGGCGAUUCCUAUAUCAUAACUGAUAGAAAAUGGACUUGACGAUGAUUAAUGAAUUGUUAUAUAGUUGGAAAUGAAUAUAUGAUUGUUAAUGAG